AGCUGUAGCUGCAACAUCUCUUAAUCACAUCUGCUUUGUUAAGGCUCACCUGCAAAAAUCUGGUUUCUUCUUCAGUAGAAGUUUGAGUCACAUAUUCAGCGCUGUGCAAUUUGCUCUCUAUAUCAUCAAGAGGUUUCAAAGUACAGAAGAUCCUUAAAAGGAGCAGCAAGCAAGAAUAUCAAGAGAAGCAAUGGAAGAACAAGAUAAAACAGCAAAUGGCUCACACUCUGAAAACGCAAAUGGCAGCUGUACUGUAGACUCUCCAAAUAAAACUGAUAACAAAGACAUACCAAAUGGAACCACCAUGGAACAGAGUAAUGUAAAAACGACAAUCCUAAAAACAACCAUUGGUUCAGGGGGUGCAAAGAUUGGCAGCAGGGCAACUAUUCUUAGUUCAUCUGAUUUAAAAGGGCCUACCAGCCCUGGGCCUGUUACUGACCACUCCGAUUCUAGAAGGUCAGUUCGUGUUAGUGUAGGGUCUAACUAUGAUCAAGAUGAUGUACUGUGUGAUUCUUGUAUUGACGACAAGAAGAGAGCAGUUAAAUCAUGCUUGGUCUGCCAGACCUCUUUUUGUGAUAUCCACCUCAAACCCCAUCUGGAAGGGGCUGCUUUUCGGGACCAUAAGCUGCUAGAGCCCAUCAGAGAUUUUGAAGCUAGAAAAUGCCAGUUGCACAGCAAGACUAUGGAGCUGUUCUGUCAGACUGAUCAAACAUGCAUCUGCUACCUAUGCAUGUUUCAAGAACAUAAGAAUCACAAUACGGUCACAGUGGAAGCUGAGAAAUAUGUAAAGGAGUCAGAGCUGUCCGAAAUACAAGAACAGCUUCAUCUCCAGCUCCUGGAUGUGGAUGAUGAAGUAGAGAAAUGGCAUAAGGAAAAAGACCGUAUCAGAAACUUCGUAACAAACCAAAAGUCAGCUGUGGAUCACAGCUUCAAGGAUCUAAUUAGAGAGAUUCAGAGACAACAGGAAGAGGUGAAAGUACAACUGGAGCAAAAAGAAAGAGCUGCUGUGGAUCUUAUUGAACAGAUUGUCAGUGACCUACAAGUGAAACGUGAUCAACUACAAGAAAAACAACAUGAUGGUGAUAAACUGUUGCAUACCACGGAUGCUGUACUGUUCUUGCAGGAGUUCCAAAUGGUGAUAAGGAAUGCUCCACAAAUUCCUCCUCUGCCCACCUACACUGUGACCUUAGAAGGAGAAAGGCUGACACAGUCAAUGGGUCAACUACGUGAAGAAAUGUUGUCAGUGUGCAAGAAGAAUGUGGAUAAAUACUGCAAGACUGAAAGUAACCGCAAUUUGGUGGAAAAAAAUGCUGAAAACCGAUAUGCAAUGAAAGAUCUUACAUCAGAUUGGGCCCAGCCAGGUGACUCAUAUGGAAGAUUUGGAUCACUUUUUAACAUGAAAGGUGGUCGUCAGUCUUUUCAGACAUCUUCUCCCGCACGUUUAACUGAAAAUGUUGCUUCAGGUUUGAACAGCAUCUAUGGAACAAAAGGAAAUUUCAGGAUGUGGGACGGAACUCCCCUUCAGGCUCAAGAAGAAACCCCCAGCUACUCAUCCUCGAACUUUUCUCAGAAAGGCACCAGUCCAGCUGCAUCAUUCCAGUAUUCCUCCACUGUGACAUCCACAGAGUCCACCGGUCAACAAGAGAACCCCUUUAACAUGAAUGUGUAUCCAAUGAUGUCAAGGCACCAACCUACUAAGCCUUUGCCCCAAACAUGGAAAUCCUCCAAGCAGAGCCUACUGACUCAACAACGCCCUUUUUAUGUCAACAAGGGAAAUGCUGCAAACACUGAGUCUCCGUGAAUCUCUGUAGUCAUCUGAAUAAAACAUGUGUGGAUGAUAAUAACGUUCUAAUAUCACUAUGUAGAUUUACUGAGCUGGAGGCAAAACGAGAGGGGUACAGAGGGCUCUGAUUAACAUUUUCUUUGCCACUGAAAUGAUUAAAAAUUUACUAUGUUUAAAUAUGAGUACCAAAGCAUGUUUUAAUCUUGCCUCUAGCAAUAAUCAGAUAUUUGAAUUGGGUUGGGUAAACCAUUUAUUUUCAAAUGAACCAAAGCAAAUAGGAAAGAUUGAAUUGAUUAAUUCAAUGUUACAAUAACCCUCUGUCUAUGUGUAUUUUUUAUCAUUUAUUCUUAAUAUAUCCUUAAACAAAGUGAUAGAAGACAUGAUACAUAAAAAAAAAUUCACUUAUUUGCAAUUUACAAUAAUUCACCAAAAGUGUUUUAGAUUUAUGUAGCCAUGUGACAUCAUCUCUAUAUUAUAUGUUUCUCGAGAAGUCUGAGUUUUAUAAUACUGACUUGGGAUUUUUGUUCAUUGUUGUCUUUCUUAAGCCCUUUUAGCCAACUGUCCUUAAUAAAAUAUAUAAGUACAAAGCACAUCGAAAAACUGAAUAUCUCAUAGAAUCCUAACCCGUGUUUCUGAAUUAUGUAUUUGAUGUAUGUCAUUUUGAAAACACUAUGUUAGAUAAAUUAAAUAACAUAUAAUUGAAAAAAGUAGAUAUACUUUCUAGACUCUUUAGUUUGCAGAAAUAAGGAUCUAUCCUACGCAGACAUAAAGAGCAAUAUUUUUAACUCAGCUUCAUUGGAAAAUAAUCUUCGCAGUUUAGAAGAUGCUGCCUUGCUUUUCCUCUCACCAGAUUGCCUUGGUGAAAUUAUAAAAUCAAUUUCAGUAAUACAAGAUUUAUUUGUCUCCUGCAUCUUUGGAUGAAAAAAAGCUUCAAUAUUUUGUUUCACUGCAUGUUCUGGAAAACAAAUUGCUACAUUUUUCUCCAUAUUGGCAAUAUACAGUUUCAAAAUAUU